ACUUCUACAGCUACACCAACGAGUAGAGAAGGAAUGGGACAGAAAGGCAGACAUCGGAACUCCUACACAGCAGCCGACCAAUCGCUAGGGGACAACAUCUCCCAUGACUUAAGCGGGCAUCUUGUGGUGGAGCAUUAUGGGAAAUGUAGUUCAACUAGUGCAUACAGGAAGAACGCGGCCAAAACAUUAAAUAUAAUAGAAAAUACAGCAGGUUUGCACCUAAAUGAUCACUUUUUAAUAAAUUACUCCCAUGGCUUUUAUUUUCAUGGAGGUUUCGUGAUCAUGACGAAGGAUGUAAAUGUGCUUAGCGAUCCAAUAAACUAACAUACUGGUCAGGCCAACCACAACAUGUCGUUCACCGAGCCUCCUGCAGGAUUCCUCUCAUGUGACCGUUGGUUGUCAAGGUUACACUUUCUUUUCCGGGACGCUAAAUCGACUUACUGUACGGAAGCGUGACUGCAUUUUUGACAUUUCUGACAGAUUUAGUAGAUAAAGUUUUUGACGAUGGGCAGGCCUAAGAAAAAAGAAAGUAAAAAGGCAGAUAAGUUAACCCCGGAAAGCCCUGAAGAUGCCGACUCCAAGAUAUCCUCUGUGAGUGGGACUCCUACUGAAGAUCUGUCUUACCCAUCCCUUAAAUCCGUGGCCCCGGAGGAACCCGCAAAGCAGGAGGAUUCUCUCGCCAGCCUCCCAGCUUCCGAAAUCUACGAGGAGGAGCCGGUUCUCGCACAGCUUUUGGUUGAAAAAUAUGAAGGGGAUAUGGUACACGGUGUGUAUGAAGGGUAUGGUGCGGCGCAUUUCAAAGAUGGAAAUACUUACAGAGGCACCUUCUCAGAGGGGUUUAUGCACGGUAAAGGAACGUACACAUGGGCCGACGGCUUGAUUUACGAGGGAGAAUUUCACAUGAAUUUCCCAAUGGGACGUGGCGUCUACGUAUGGCCUGAUGGCAGCCGCUACGAAGGGGAAGUGUACAAGGCAAUCAGACAUGGCGCUGGCAUCUUCAUUUCAAGUAACCAACAAGUUUCCUACGCGGGACAGUGGUGUAAAGGCGUACGGCAUGGGAAGGGAACCAUUUACUAUAAUUCAGAAAGAACUUCCUGGUAUGAAGGAGACUGGAUAAAUGGCAACAAGGAUGGCUGGGGAGUCCAGCGCUUUAAGUCUGGCAAUAUUUAUGAAGGGCAUUGGAAAAAUAACGAGUUCCAUGGAGAAGGGAGGAUGAGAUGGCUGAUUUCCCAUGAAGAGUACACAGGGCAGUGGGUGCACGGGAUACAGAAUGGUCAAGGGACCCACACUUGGUUCCUAAAAAGAGUUCCAGGUUCCCAGUACUCGCUGAGAAACGAAUACACUGGAAACUUUGUGAAUGGCAAGCGCCACGGACAUGGACAGUUUUACUACGCGAAUGGGGCGAUGUAUGACGGAGAGUGGAGCGAUAAUAAAAAGCAUGGAAUGGGCAAGUUUACGUUUAAAAAUGGAAAAAUCUAUAUUGGGGAAUUUGUGGAAGAUCAUAUAGCAGAGUAUCCAAAUUUUAAAUAUGACCGAGUAAAUACUCCGGAUUUGAGUGGAAUUCGCACCCAGAGUCCAGCUGGUUCAGAAAAAUUAAAUACGUCAAGAGUUAAUUCAGGUAUCCCAAGCUUAUCGGGGUCGUACAUGGAACUUGACAUAUCUUCGCUACUGGACACCUUUCCAGAAGACAGACAGAUGGAAGAACUAAAACAGGUGGAAUUUGCUGUUCUUCGAAGCAUCACGGAGCUCAGGAAGAUUUAUGGCUUCUACAGCAGCUUGGGAAAUAAGAACGCCGUUGAUAACGCCCUUCUGAUGACAAAACUGCAAUUCUGGAGAUUUCUUAAGGACUGCAGGUUCCAUCACUACAAUUUAACACUUUCAGAAAUGGAUCGCCUUCUCAGUGCAGGGAAUGCAGAGAGACUAGAAGUUCAUUCUCCGCACGCAGCAUUAUUACUGAGGACAUUUUUGACCAACAUCGUCUAUUUGGCGUAUCAUAUCUGCCACGAAGAAUCGCCAGAGAAGAACAUCUCCCUUGUUGACUGCUUUUGUAAAAUCAUCAAAGAGAAUGUAUUGCCCCACGCAAAAAACGUCCAAGGGUUCUUAUUUUCUGAACCUCAAAAGACCGCGCAUGCAAUGCUUUACAUUGAUAGGUGCUGGGAGAUCUACCAGAGCUAUUGCCAGCCAAACACUUCUGCGCCCUACGAACCUACCAUGAAAAUGAGGCACUUCGUCUGGCUGAUGAGCGACUUGAAAAUCACUAACAACGCUUUGACCGUAACUAAGAUGGUGGAUAUUUUAGCCCAUGAUGACCCCAGUGUACGCAACAGCAAUGAAAUCAACCUAGAACUGGAGCUUACAUUUCUUGAGUUCUUUGAGGCGCUGCUUGGCUGUGCUUCGGUAUAUGUCACAGAUGACCUGCUAGAACUAAACAAAGAGGAGGAAAGUCCCCAAAACGAGUAUAUUGCACGUGUUACAGAACAGCAACCAGAGAACCUCCAACAGAUAAAGCCUGCUUGCACGCCAGAGGUUCUUUCUCAUGAAAAUGGCUUACAGCUCACAGAAAGAAGUCGCACACCAUCUACAUUGGCUUAUUCUACAGAAAAUCUGGAGCCAGAAAAUAGGUCGGAUAAAUGGUUUCCUCAAUUGAAUAUAUUUUUUAUGAAAAUAUUCUUCCCGGCUUAUGAGUAUGCGCAGCAGCUUAAGGAGGAAGUUCCAAAAGUUAGGGAGCGAAAGGCAGAACUUCUUCAGAUACAGAAGGCGGAAGAGGAAGAGGAAGCCAGGUUAAAAGCAAUUAAGGAGGCAGAGGAAGCAAAGAGAAUUGAAGAAGCAGAGCUGGAGAAAGCAGCUGCAGUCAUGGAAGCGGCACAUACUGCCAAAGACGCUGCAGAAGAGGACAAAAACGGGCAACUUCCGGUUACCCCAAAAGAAGAGCCACCCACACCCCAAUCGGGCAGCACAAAGCAUGCAUCCGGGACAGGAAAAAAGAAAAAGAAAUAAGAGGCGAAGCACUUUGUAUGUCUUAAUUGUGUUGUAUGUUCAGUAAUAAAAGGCCCACGUUUGCAUAGAUUACAAA